AUGCUCGUAACACUCGCCGUUGUUUUUGUUAUUUCGAUGGCGAGUGCUCAGGAGCACUUAGCAUUGAGCACAGAGGUUCCAUCGCGUCCGUCACAAUUACCAUUUUUAGAUCUAAUUACGGGUGCGUCAACAUAUUACAGUGACCCAGUACCUAUACGAAAGGCCUAUUCGGAUCCUUAUUACGUUUCUUGUCCCAAAUCUGACACGUUGAAUUCUGUCGCUAAUGUAUUGGGUAGCGCUGCCAAGAUAAUGUUAUCAGCUGCCGCAAUAGCGUUCUUGAAGUUAUUGGGAGGUAAAUUACUUUUGUUUCCUUUGCUCCUGGUGUUUUUAAGCAAAAUCGGUCUCAAAUUAUUCCUUCUUUGGCCGAUGAUAUCAAAGAUGAUGAAAUAUUUCAAGAAGAAAAAGAAAAAAGGUUUCAAAUCCCGAAUGAUUAUGGAUUGCUCACAGAGGAUCGCUUGUGUCAUCCAAAGAGCUUCUAAAGGCUGGGGUAGCAAUUUAGGUGCUGCGGCCACAUUUACUUUAGUCGACGACGUGGAUGAAGAUUCAUCUUACACAAAAGCUUUGCUAAGCAUAUUAGCAGUUAUGUAUCUCCCACCGUUUGAAGUGCGAACUGUGAAAUCGGACAGGUUGCCGACGUUUGUCAAUAACCAGCAGUUUGUUGGUAGUCAACAAUUGCCAACGUCUAAGAAAAUACAACAAACUCAACCAAUAAUGCAUACAAAUGUGAGUCCUCCCGUAUCUAAACCGAAAGUGGAAAAAGAAACUCUGAAGCCGAUAGAUGCACGUAAUUUCACGUUUAACGACCUCCUGGAAGCUUUGAAUAACAUAGAAGAUAAAAAGGCAGGCCGUGAAGUAUCCAGGGCAUCUGAAUACGAUUACCAAGAGUAUCCAACGUACGACUAUCAGCCAUCACCGUAUGUUUACAAUCGACCAAGUCCAUACUCGUAUGGGUAUCAGAAGCCGGCAGCUUACGUUCACCCGACUAGUGUCCACCACGCAGGAACGAAAUUAUCUUUGAAGUCUGACUUAGGAGACUUUUUCAAACCUCUUGCAUCUAAAGUUACAGGAAAAGUGAGCGGUCUAAUCGGCUUAGUGCUAGCCUUGCUUACCGGGUCAUCUCCGAACGACGUGGAACUUACAGGCUUCAAAGACAUUGUGAUAAAUGGCAUAGUUAAGCCUCUCCUGAUAGCUAAAGGCGGCAUUAAGACAUUGAUCAGUAAACUGACGAUCCCAGUGAUAGCUUUAUUAUUGAUAAAUUUAGAAGUUUUGGUCACUGUAUGGUGGUUAUGGGAGGAUUGUCCACAUAAUACUCCGCCGCCGUAUACUUACCCUAAACCUUCAUACGGUUAUAAUUCAUAUAGAUGA